AUGUCCCAGCAAAACUACAAAGAUGGUACGGUGAAGAAGCCGAACGUAGGCGAUUGCAUCUAUUUCAUUCGAAAACUUCGUCACUAUGCUUUACGGGCGGAUGAGGCGAUCUUCGAGACCGAAUCCGGUCAACCCGAUCCGAGCGCUCUCGAGAGAAUGCAAGAAGUCACUCGCUUCUACGAGCAAAUCGAAAAUUAUGCUAAACAAUUGCCACCGAAUGUCGCGGGAGCGAUGGAGAAGAUGGAUCUGCUGAAGAGCAUUUAUCAGGAAGAGCAAAACGAUCUGAACACCCACGAGCUUGUCGAGAGUUUCAUCGACACAACCAAUUGGACCGAAUGCAUAUUUACUCGUUACGUGUAUCUCACCGAGUUUCACCGCUAUCGACCGUACAGUCGAAAAACGACGGCGAUGAUCCCGAAACAUUUGCCGUAUUCGAAUUGGGGAGCCGAGGAUGCGAACAAACAUCCGCAUAAGCUUUUCGAGGCAGCUUUUGCACAGCUUCAACUCGAUUUGAAAAACAUGAAGCCUCGAUCGGGAAUCGUGCCCACAUAUUUGGAACAAAACAGUAUGUCAUCGAUUAUUGAGCUCAAAUUUGGCUUCUUUUGCCCGACACAGAAGAACACGUUCAUCUGCUCACAAAAGAUGUUAUUGGUGGAGGAAUUCGGGUAUUUCGAGAGCCUUCAAUUCAUCGCUCCACACGAGGAAUGGGCGUACAACGAGGAAAUGGGAGAAAAAAGGGUCGAUCUAACCAAGGAAAGCCAAUAUUUAAUUUUCCGAAAGCUCACGAUUCAGGGAAACGUUCAGCUCACUCAUACAAUUCAUCCAUAUUUGACGUCAAAUGCGAUGAAGAACCUCUUCAUGCAAUUGGGCAAAUAUCAAGAAGUUUUUCGGGCACAAUGCAAAUAUUGCAGAAAGCACAUGAAAGAUUUCAUGCCUCCCUACGUCGUCCUUGCUGCAAAGCAGACGCAAUUCGAUUUCGCGCAUGAGACUUGUAAGAGUCGGACUAUACAUUUGAAGCGACCCCACCCCGGUGCCCCCCUUGGCCACAAAAGUCCGCCCAAAGUAAUCCCAAGUUGUGUGAUGUCGCAAACCGCCGACGAGUGCAAAAAGCAGAUUGUGUCUUCGAGGAGCGUCGCUCGACAUGUGCAAAAGUUUCGAGCGAAAAUGAUGGAAACUGCAGGAUACCUGAAGACACUAAAUGCGACGGUUGAUCGAAAAGGACUCAUCAAGAAGUUGACGAAAGAAUUCGACCAAUUGCAAGCGACAUUGAGUGAUUUGCCGAACAUCUUCCCAACGGAUAUCGUCAACAGCUUCUUUACCAAUGUGCAACUUGCGGAGAAUGAGCCUGAGUACAAGUCGCAAAUCAAUCAAUUCUUUGAGCAACUAAUGUGGCAUGAUAGAAAUCUGAUGUUUUACGCCUUUUCGUUGAAUGAGAUGCACGAAGCGGGAAUAGUCACAGAAAAGAAGGCUCCGAUAAGCAUCAAGCAACCAUUGAGGCCAAAAGUGGUGAUAUCGGCAGCACAUGAGCGAUUCCAGAAGAUUUUUCAACUUGUGAGUUCAAUCGAAUUUUUUGAAGCGAGGCGCCAUUUGCAGAUAAGCUAUUUGGCGAAAAAUUUUCAACCAUCAACAUCUGUUGCAGAAUUGCGAUGUGGCACUUUCUUUCGUGGAUCGUUCAUCCCUCGACUGCGCAUUUUGAUGCUAGUGAUUGAUGGAGAGCUUCACUACGUAAAUUUUAUUGGCGGACACGAGAAUUGGCCAAUCGAUGACGACUGCUGGGGAAACAGGUUAAAUAUCACUUAUGAGAGUCGCUACCACGUCUACAAAUCACUUACGAUUCGUGCAAAUGAGCUGCUUAACAAAUUGUCCGAUUCAUCCUUCUCGACGAAUCCAAACGACAUGGCUAAGAUGAACUAUACAUUAGCAAAGUUUGGGGACGUUUUUUACAAUACGUGCACUGGUUGCCAGAAAGUAAUGAAAAACUUCUGCCCGCCUACGAUUGUCAACAUCAUCGGCAACAAAACAAUUUACCGCCAUGAACAAUGUUUA